AUGGCCCAGGUGUUGGGGGCUGAGUUGGUUGUUGUAACCGGGACAUCCCAGGCACUUGGCAAGGAGUUUCUAGCAGCGAACAAGAUGCAGUUGAUGAUGGGAACUUUUCGUGGUGACGGUUUUGGCACCGUAACAGGUGAUCUGCCUCCUUCGAGUAGAACUCCUCUAAUUAAGAUUUCUGGUAACUCAGACAGCUUUUCAUGCCCUUGCAACAAAAAACACAAAAGUAAAAUGGCUCCUACUGAUGAUGGUUCCAAG